GAGAUGGCGACGGUAAAUGACUGUCAGAGAUGGUGGAGGUCAGAGAUUGUCAGAGACGGCGGCGUUAGAGACUGUCAAGACUGCGGCAGUUAAAGACGGCGGCGGUCAGAGACGGCGGCGGUCUGAGACUGUCAGACUGCGGUGGUCAGAGACGGCGGCGGUCAGAGAUGGCGGCGGUCAGAGACGGUGGAGGUCAGAGAUUGUCAAAGACGGCGGCGGUCAGAGAGUGUCGGACUGCGGAGGUCAGAGACGGCGGCGGACAGAGACUGUCAGACUGCGGCGGUCAGAGACUCCGGUGGUCAAAGACGUCGGCGGUCAGAGACUGUCGGACUGCGGUGGUCAGAGACGUCGGCGGUCAAAGACUGUCAGACUGCGGCGGUCAGAGACGGCGGCGGUCAGAGACUGUCGGACUGCGGCGGUCAGAGACUGUAAGAAACGGUGGCUGUCAGAGACGGCAGCGGUCAAAGACUGUCAGACUGCGGACAGAGACUGUCAGACGGCGGCAGUCAGAGACUGCGGCGGUCAGAGACUGUCAGACUGUGGCGGUCAAAGACGGCGGCGGUCAAAGACUGUCAGACGGCGGCGGUCAGAGACGGCGGCGGUCAGAGACUGUCGGACUGCGGCGGUCAGAGACUGUAAGAAACGGUGGCUGUCAGAGACGGUGGAGGUCAGAGAUUGUCAGAGACGGCGGCGGUUAGAGACGGCGGCGGUCAAAGACUGUCGGACUGCGGCGGUCAGAGACAGUCAGUCUGCGGAGGUGAAAGACGGCGGCGGUCAGAGACGGCGGCGGUCAGAGACAGUCAGACUGCGGCGGUCAGAGACGGCGGAGGUCAAAGACUGUCAGACUGCGGCGGUCAGAGACGGCGGCGGACAGAGACUGUCAGACUGCGGAGGUCAGAGACGGCGGCGGACAGAGACUGUCAGACGGCGGCGGACAGAGACUGUCAGACUGCGGCGGUCAGAGACGGUGGCGGUCAGAGACUGUCGGACGGCGGCGGUCAGAGACGGCGGCCGAAGGCGGCCGAAGACGGUCAAAGACGGUCAAAGACUGACAAAGACGGCGGCGGUCAAAGACUGUCGGACUGCGGCGGUCAGAGAUGGCGGCGGUCAAAGACUGUAAGAAACGGUGGCUGUCAGAGACGGUGGAGGUCAGAGAUUGUCAGAGACAGCGGCGGUUAGAGACGGCGGCGGUCAAAGACUGUCAGACUGCGGCAGUCAGAGACGGCGGCGGUCAAAGACUGUCGGACUGCGGCGGUCAGAGACGGCGGCGGUCAAAGACAGUCAGUCUGCGGAGGUGAAAGACGGCGGCGGUUAAAGACGGCGGCGGUCUGAGAGUGUCAGACUGCGGCGGUCAGAGAUGGCGACGGUAAAUGACUGUCAGAGAUGGUGGAGGUCAGAGAUUGUCAGAGACGGCGGCGUUAGAGACUGUCAAGACUGCGGCAGUUAAAGACGGCGGCGGUCAGAGACGGCGGCGGUCUGAGACUGUCAGACUGCGGUGGUCAGAGACGGCGGUGGUCAGAGACGGCGGCGGUCAGAGACUGUCGUACUGCGGAGGUCAGAGACGGCGGCGGUCAGAGACAGUCAGACUGCGGCGGUCAGAGACGGAGGCGGUCAGAGACAGUCGGACUGCGGCGGUCAGUGCUCUAAUAGGUACUACAAGGUCAUUAAGAUAAGAUGGGGCCUGAUUCUUUAAGACCUUGUAUAUGAGGAGCAGGAUUUUGAAUUCUAGAUUUAACAGGGGGAUUUUACAUGAGGUUGUUCAUCAUCAGAGUCUGUGUUGAUAACUAAAAGAAAACAAAGAGAAAGUCAGAGACUCCUCUGAGUGAGAGAACUUCUUUUGUCGCAGGCUUGUUAAAGCGGGCCCGCUGCAGACGCGUCAACGCGGGCCCGCUGGAAAGGCGUCAACGCGGGCCCGCUGGAGACACAAGCGCACCUCCAGUUUGACUCCAGCGACCCCGGGAUCGCUGGAGGGUCACUGGAGGCUCGCUGGAGCUGUGUCAACGCGGGCCCGCUGGAGGCGCAUCAUCGCGGGCCCGCUGGAGAGGCGUCAUCGCGGGCUCGCUGGAGAGGCGUCAUCGCGGAUACGCUGGAGAGGCGUCAUCGCGGAUACGCUGGAGAGGCACAAGCGCACCUCCAGUUUGACUCCAACGAUCCCCAACGAUCCCGGGCUCGCUGGAGGCUCGCUGGAGGUUCACUGGAGGCUCGCUGAAU